AUGAAGAGCCUCCGUCACAAAUACGUCAUCAGUUUCUACCAGGCCAUCGAGACCACCUCCCGCCAUUACAUCAUCAUGGAGUUGGCACCAAGCGGCGAUGUCUUAGAAUGGAUCCAGAAAUCCGGGGCCUGUUCGGAAGCGCUGGCUGGCAAGUGGUUCUCGCAGCUGACCCUGGGCAUCGCCUAUCUGCAUGGCAAGGGCAUCGUGCAUCGGGAUUUGAAGCUGGAGAAUCUGUUGUUGGACAAGCGGGAGAACAUCAAGAUCUCGGAUUUCGGCUUCUCCAAGAUGGUGGCCCCCCAGACGCAGCCCCCGCCCACCCCGUCGUACCGCAUGAUGAGCUGUUUCUCCCACCUCAGCCAGACCUACUGUGGCAGCUUUGCCUAUGCCUGCCCGGAGAUCCUUCUUGGCCUGCCUUACAACCCCUUCCUCUCCGACACCUGGAGCAUGGGGGUCAUCCUCUACACCUUGGUGGUGGCCCACCUGCCCUUCGACGACACCAACCUCAAGAAGCUGCUCCGGGAGACGCAGAAGGAGGUCAACUUCCCCAGCCACGUCCAGAUCAACGACGAGAUUAAGGAUUUGAUCCGUCGCAUCCUGCGCCCGGCCUCGAAACGGCUGAACAUCUUGGAGAUCCUGAAGGUCUCGUGGGUGCUGAAGUUCUUGGCGGAGAAGCCCACCACCGAAUUGAAGGCCCUGGAGGCCAUCUGCGGACCCCGCACGCCGGAGGCGGGCAAAAGCGCCCUCACGCCCAACACCAAAUCCAAGUCCCUCACUUUUUCGCCGGAUAAAAAAAAAGCCGCCAGCCGGACUCGGAGCACGGGCCAGAUCAAGCCGUCUAAAAACGUGGAGAAAAGUAGCUGAGUAGUCUAUUAAAAAAAACAAAAAAAAA